UAGAAUUUGCAGGAACACCAUGUUAUUGCGCCAUGGUCUUACGCGUUGACAGUUUUUCACAAACAGCUGAUGGUGCCGUUUUGAAAUGUUUGUUUGAGGCAACGUUGAAGAUUGGAAGCUGCAAAAAUCGAAAAUCGCGAUGUUCUCGUUUAAAAUUUAAUUUAGUAAAAAACAGGAAGUGACGUGCCCAUAAAAAAGAUAAAAUACUGAUUAUGUUCGAUAUCUCUGUUGUUGUUGGAAGUUUGAUCGAAAGAUAAAUGAAGCAACAAUAUUCUUAUGCCACAAACAUACAUAACGCCACGCCAUCACUUGCCUCCUCCUCAUCUGGUCAUACCUACAGAGAGCUCAACAAUAGUACACCCAGAACAUCACAUCAACGCACAGUCAUGUAUAACCGUGACUGGCGAAUGGCGUUGCGGACGCCUCCCACAUAUCGUAUUGGAAACAGAACCGUACGGUUUAACUAUCACAUCGCAAUGGUUAUUAUAGGAGCAUGUGCAUUAAUUGUGCUUUUCUACUAUGUACGGGGCAGUACCUCUUCGUCUGAUGCGGCGUGGCUUAAAAAUUACGCCAGUUCAACAAGUGGUCACCGAAACACAAAUGUCGUUGGUGGUGUUAGCAAUAGAAAUCUCGCAAAGGAUGUCACAUCGUCGUAUUACAAUAAUACGUAUCCUCUAACACCGCCAUUUGUUGGUAGACCGGGAAUGAUUACAUACCGAAUAGCCAUAGUUGCUGAUCUAGACACAAAUUCCAAAGUGGAAACAAACGGUGCUACUGUGUGGCGAAGUUACUUGAAAAAGGGUCAUAUCACUUAUGUUGCAGCUAAGAACGAGAUAUCAAUAUCGUGGGACAGCGGCGAACCCUUGAUGUUGGAAUCGGGAUUUUCUCUAAAAGGUCGUGGUAUGGAGCUUUCUGAGCUAGUAACAUUUAAUGGCCGAAUUUUAAGUUUCGAUGAUCGGACUGGCCUAAUCUAUGACAUUACAAAUAAUGAGAAACCAAUUCCAUGGGUAAUUUUACUGGAUGGAAAUGGAAAUAAUGCCAAGGGUUUUAAAUCGGAAUGGGCAACAGUUAAAGAUGGUUUACUGUACGUCGGCUCCAUGGGCAAGGAAUGGACGAAUGGUUUAGGGGAUUUCGAGAAUGAAAAUCCCAUGUUUUUGAAAGUGGUUUCCACAGAUGGUGCUGUAAAAUCUCUUGACUGGUCAUAUAAUUUCAAAAGACUGCGAGAAGAAGCAGCCGAUAUUACUUGGCCUGGUUACAUGAUACACGAGAGUGGUGUUUGGUCUGCAUAUCACAAAAAAUGGUUCUUCCUGCCUAGAAGAUGUUCGAAAGAAAAAUACAAUGAAACCCGUGACGAAUACAUGGGUUGUAAUCUCCUAAUUGCGGCCAAUGAAAAUUUUAGCAAAGUAGAAACCGUUGUGCUGGACCCUAAUAAUAACCAGCCAACACAUGGAUUUUCCAGUUUCAAAUUUUUACCAGGGACAGACGAUCGAGUGAUUAUUGCUCUGAAAACUGAGGAAUUGAAUGGCAAAACUACAACUUUUAUAACCGCUUUCGACAUACAUGGAAAAACUCUGUACGCAGAGCAACAUAUAGAAACGGAUUUAAAGUAUGAAGGUAUUGAAUUUAUUUAGUUGCAAUUGGUGUAGUUUUGUACAAUUACACAUGUGUAUUAUACUAUUAGGAUUUAAAUUAAACAACUUCCAAAUAAAAAAAACACUUUGACUUACGUUACAUGAUUGUGAUUUGUUUAUAAUUUUAAUAAAAGUAGAAAAAAGUUUAAAUGACUAAA